AUGGGUGAUGGCGCCUCACCUAUUGAGAAGCAAAGCAAUCAGAAUCAUGUGUUGAGGUUGGAGGCAAAAACUGACGAAUCAAAGCCUGACGUUCAAUUUUCAAGUAGAAAUGAAAAUAUUGAAUCGAUGUCAGUAUCAGCUAAUGAGUCACAGCGACUGCCUGUAGCAGGUAGAGACAGAAUAACAAAGGUAGAUAACAGAUCUAACGAAAACCAAACCCAUGAGGAAGACAACGAGCCCGAUCUUGAAGCUCUAGGCGACGACCUGAUACAAGAGGAUCCCCAUACUUCUUUUAUACAACAAUCACAUUCGCAUUCUUAUAACACGCCGUCAAAGUCACUUCCUCCAUUGAAGGAUCAGGAUCUGAUUACCACACCAAAAUUGUUUCAUGUUGCUCGAGAUCAUGAUGAAGAUGAGAAUAAUAGGUCAAAGGCAAACAAUGUUGUAGCCAGCUCGCCAGUAGUGUAUAACAUACUGUCAGAACCUCUGAGUAACAUCAACAACAACAACAACAACAACAGCAACAACAAUAUAGUGCACCUGCUGAAUCAACAGCAACUUUUGCUGAAAUUGGAGGAUGUAGAGCUGGCGCAAAUGAGUGAUUCAGAGAAAAUCAAGAGCUUGAUUCAUAAAUCUAGAGAUUUGACUGUGGAAAACGAGCUGCUAAAGGAGACAUUGAAAUCAGCAUUAGAGAGCAAUAGAGAAACAAUCCAAGUUCUACAACGAAAAUUUUCUAAUGUAGAUGACCUAAAUAUGUCCUUGAAAGAUGAAAACCGGGAAAUGGUUGAGAGAUUUAGAGAACAAGAAAUGAAAAUAAGAAAAUUAGAAGAAACAAAUCACCAACUAGGUGUACAGUUGGAUCAAUUGCGACGAAUCAGGGUUGAAAAAGAAUCUGAGGCUAAGGAAUUUAAGGAGAAUCAAAAUCAACAAGAAAUGAAACUUUUGCACCAGAUUGAAGCCUUGUCGUCUAGUAAUAUCGAUCAAGGGAAAAGGUUAAAUGCAUUGACAGAACAAUUGAACCAAAGUCAAAAUGAAAAGUUCACCAUCAGCAUGGACUUGACAAAGACAAAAAAUGAAGUUUCCUACUUAAAAAAUCAAAUGAAAUGGUAUGAAGAAGAGUUAAAGUCGACGCAAUCAAAGUAUGCAGAGCUGAUAAAAACUCAUGAAUUAAUAGACGCAAAGGGAGGAGGAUCAAGAAAUUUGUCAAAUCUAGAGUCCAAGAUCAAAAACUUUGAAAAGCUAAUUAACAAUUACGAAUCUACAAUUCAUAACCUCAGAAAUUCAUUGGAAGCUGAAUCGUUAAAGAAUGCGGAGCUCGAAGGUAAAAUAAGCUCAAUUGACUCACGUUCUCUCAAAGAACUAAGCGCAAAACAAGAGUUGAUUGAUCUAACCAAACUUCAGUUGGAACAAAGAGAUGCUCGUAUCCAUCAACUUGAGAAUUAUGCAAACCAAGUUAAGGGCAAUUCCGACAAAGCUGUAUCUGCUUUGGAAUCCACCGUUUCUGAACAACAAGAGACGAUUCAUGGAUUGCAGGAAAGACUAGACCGGACUGAAGAAGCGCUCAAGACUCAAGUUCUAGAUCAUGAGUUGGUGGAUACAUCUGAAUCCCCCGGGAUCUCCCUUUCAGCAUUGUAUUCGGAGUAUACUCACGUAAAGAAAGAAUUGACACUAGAAAGAAUUCAAAAGGAAAAAAUAGAGAAAGAGAUGGAAGUUUUUAUUAGCCAAUUGGAUUCUGUGAAGCAUCUCAUGACUAAUUAUCGCGACCAAAAAGAUUUUUACGACAACUUGACAUCAGAUUUACAACAUAAAAUGGAGGAGUUGCGUUCAGAUAAAGUAGGAUUGGAGAAGGAACUCAGGGCAAUGAAAUCAACUUUGAAGGGAUAUGAAAACGAAAUCUCUACACAAAAGAGGAUACUUAAGGAUAUAGGUCGUCAAUUGUGCUUUGUUUUAAUCCACACCAAUCUUAGAGAUGGUAAAGAAGAACCAAUGUCAUUGAGCGAGAGGGAAAACAUUGAAAAGCUACUUGAUCGUACUGGCAAUUUUGAAAAUGAUGACCAGGAAUCAGAUACUGAUAAGCUUAUUUCUGAUAGGUUAUUAACAUUCAAGGAUACAAUAGAACUUAGGCAACGAAAUGAGGAAUUAGUAGCGGCUGUUAGACAGCUUUCGAAAAGACUUGAAUUGAAAGAAGAACAAAACGAAUAUGCAGAAAACACGGCAAUUGAAGAAGCUCAAGAUGCUAUUUUAAUUUUGGAGAAUGAGUUGGAAAAUGUAAAUGUCAAACUAGAAACUAUAACAAAAGAGCGUGAUGCAUUAAAUCAAAUCAUACAAAACGAACAUAGUAAUGGAUUUGAUCGCUCGGGAGGGCUUGCUCAACAGAUUUCGAGGCAAAAAGACUACGAAGAUAAAAUAAAAAUGAUCAAGGAAGAAUCAGCAAAAGAUUUGAGUUUAAAAGCACAAGAAUUGCGUGAAACAAUUGAUGCCAAGAACGAGUUGCAGUCAAAAUUAGCUGCUACGCAAAGAAAAACUGAACAAGUUGAAAUGAAGCUUUCUAUAGCUCAGAGCUCAAUUGAUCUUGCUAUUACUGAGAAAAACCAAUUGAAGUCUGAAACUUUGUUUUGGACUCAACAAGCCCAAAAAUUGGAAGAGAAAUUCAACGAGAAGUCGCAACUGCUACAUGAAUUGGAAUCACAAUUAUUUCAGAGUAAGAUUGUGGUAAAUUCUUUAAAACAAGAAAAGGCUUUUGGUGAUAACAUGAAUAAAAUACUCGAAGAUACCGUAGCAACAUUGAGGGAAGACAAACUGAGAGCAAGUGAACUAAUUAAAAAUUUACAGUCAAUGUUAAGCGACAAAGAAGAAGCUAUUAAAACAGCUUCUCGGAAGUAUGACGAACUAAUUGAUAAUUAUAAGACCCUACAACAAAAGCUUUCUGAAAGGGAAGAAAAAUUGCAAAUAAUAGCAGGCCAAUCUGAUAUGGCUAUCAAGUCUCAGAAUACAAAGUUAGAGCAAAUCAACGAAUUGAGCUUACAGUUGUUACACACUAGAAACCAGUUAGCAGAGAAGGAAAGGAUACUAGCUGGCUUUAGUAGUAGUGACUCGUCACCACCACUGAAGAAUCUAAAUGUCGAGUUGGAGCAGUUGAGAGAGGAGUUGAGUGUAGCAGGUGAUCGUGUUAUAGAGCUUACAGAGCUGUUAAGAGCGCAGGAGAAGGACAUGGCAGAGGCAGAAAGCAUUUAUGAAAAAGAAAGAAAAUCUGCAAUGGACAAACUAAGGUUAAAAGAAAUUGAAAAAAGUCGCGUUGAUGAAGAAAUGAAAAAGAUCCAAAAUCUAGUUGAUGCUAAAACCCAGGAGUUGACUAACGUGAAAAAAUUGCUCUUGGAGGCAAAUGAAAAAUUGAGGUCCUAUCAAGAAAAGGUUGAUUCGUAUAACAGUUUGGAAAACAAAUUCCAAGGAAAUAUAAACAAAGUCACUGAAGAGCUUGAGAAGCAAAAGAGUAUUAAUGAAGAGUUAAAGAGGAGGUUGAAUGAAGUUGGCACAAAGACACUUAAUUUACUGCAGCAAGUUGAUAUUUUGAAAGCACAGGCUGAAGAGAGCGAAGAUACAAUCAAAUCAUUGACAGAGGAGAAUUCUUCUUACAAGAGCACAUUAUUAGAUGCUGAGAAUAAAUAUGCCAACGACAGAUUAGAGUUGGAAAAGGAGAAAUAUCUCAUUUCAAAUAGAGUUCGUGAGUUGGAAGAACACAACAGGUUGUUGCUAAAUCAAAUAGAGUUGACAAGUGCUACAAAGAGUGAGCAGCUGGUCAAUGACAACACGGAGGAGUUUUCUCAAAUAAUUGGUUUCUUGCGCCGUGAAAAGGAAGCAAGUGAUGCCAAGUUACCAAAAAUUGAAGAGGAGAAUGUUAGAUUAAGAGUUAAGUUGGAAAGUUUGCAAGACGAGAUUGCCAACAUUCGCGCAGAUCAAAAAUCUUCAGCCAUUGAUUUACUGGCUAGUAGUAAUGAGCAAAUACAAAUGGCGAACGAAUUGGAGCAGUUGAAAAUAUUAAAGGAGAGAAAUGCAACUUUGCAGCAUGAAAACGAAAAGAAAACACAAGAAAAUUUGAGAAUCAGUGCGGAAGUUGCAAGGCUUAAGUUGGAAUUGGAAAAGAUAACUCAAGCCACCCAAGCGCAGCUAAAUGAGCUCAAACUUGAACAACAAAGAAUGAGAUUACUUUCAGAAGAGAAUUCUCGGCUCAAAGGAUUAUUGUCGAAAUCGCAAUCACCACAACCAGAGCCACCAAAAGCCACUGCUCCGGAGAUUGCUAAAAUGCAAGAACAAAUGGACAAGUUAAAAACUAAAGCCAACGAGAGAAUUGUAGCAAUGAGAAAGGAAUUGGGCAAUAAAGAAGAGGAGGUUAAGAAGGCAAAGAAUAUUGAAAUUAAACAAUUGCAAGAAAGAAUUAAUGAUUUGGUGACAAAAUUGUCAAGUGCAGAAAAAAACAGUGGCGAUAAACAAGCAGAAAAAGUUGCAAGUUUGAAUAAGGAGUUGAACGCUUUGAAAGAAGAAAGGUCCAGGUUCGUUGUUGAAAAGAACGAGUUGGUCAAAAACAUAACUGACUUGAAGAGAAAAGUCAAAGAGCAAGAGGAGCAUUUAUCUGAAAACUCUUCCAAUGGUUCCACAGCCUCUGAUGCUUUGCAAAGGAAAAAUCAAGAACUUGAACAAACCUUGGCAAAAAACAAUCUAGCAUUGCAACAACAAAUUGAGGCGGAAAAGGCAAAGACAAGACAGGAGGUGGAGAAAAAAUUUGAUAUCAAGCUAAAACUUUUGACAAGAAAAGUGGAGAGGUAUGAAUCAGAAGCGCGCGCUGCUAAAGCAGAUGGAAAGCUGAUCCCUUCCUCCCUAGCGCAACCCCUGCAAGUAGUGGCAGCGCCCAGUCAGAGCACUACAAGAUUUGCAUCGACUACUACUUCUCCAUCUCUUGGUACUUCUCAGACAAAUAUCCCACAGCAGCUGUCAGUGCCUUUUGCUCAACCGGUUUUUCAACCAGUUAUAAAACAGCAGGUAUUAGAACCCUCGACUCAGCAGAAUCGUACCCAGUCUCAAUUGACCACGGCUUCGUUACCGGCUUCGUUACCGGCAUCGUUACCGGCAUCGUUACCGGCUUCGUUUCCAGCUUCGUUACCAGCUUCGUUUCCAGCUUCGUUACCAGCUUCGUUACCAGCUUCGGUACCAGCUUCGGUACCAGCUUCGGUACCAACUGCAACAUCAGGAAUAACUCCCAUUACUACUAGUACUAGUACUCCUGCAAAUACUAAUACAACUGUGAAUAAACCAGCUAAGCCCAUAAUCAAUGAACCUAGAAUCACUGGUGAUAUCAAGCCUAAGGAAGGUGUAGAGCAAGAAAAAGUCAAAUUAACACCAAUAACAACCGUUGUUGAAGCGAAACCAGAGCCAACUGGCGUUGAUGCAAAACCAGCAUUAAUUUCUGCUUUUCAAAACAAACACAUAUCUACGCCGUCUCAACAACAAAUAAACAAAAACUCAACAGCUGCUUCACAAGUGCAAGUGAAGCAAUCAGCAGGUCAGUCUACAGGCGCACUGUUGAUUCAAUCACCAGCUCAACACAAUCCACAAACCACUACUACUUUACCACCACUACCACCACAAAACCUACAAAAACAACAACAACAACAAAAACAACAACAACAACAACAGCAACAACAAAAACAAAAACAACAACAGCAACAGCAACAGCAACAACAAAAACAAAAACAGCAACAGCAACAGCAACGAGAACUACCACCCAAGGCUCAAACUGUACAAACUUCAGUGCCUCCCAUGCAAGCAAAAGCUCAAGUUAAAACAUUAAUACCUAAGAUCCCUGAGCAUCCAGGAAACGAAUCUACAUUAACAGUAAAGAGACCCGCCAUUGCUAGAACUGACGGUAGGAAAACACAAAUAUCUAAUAGAGAUAAUAAUAAUAAUAAUAAUAAUAAUAAUAAUAAAAAGAGAACUUUUGACGAUGAAAGGCCUAAAAUCAAGAAAACUAAGAAUGUGUAA